ACACAAUAGUUGUCAAUACAAAUUUAUACGCCUUAACAAAAGACACUAGUACUACCAGCAGACAAUGGAAAAAACUAGAUCGUAAAGAGCUUAUUGUUUGGAUCGCUUUGGUUAUAUAUCAAGGACUAUUUAAAUUACCUUCCCUUGAUCAAUAUUGGAACAAGGAUCCAAAAUACCCCAUCCAUCAUAUUGCAAAGCAUAUGUCAUUAAAACGUUAUGAACAAAUCAAAAGGUAUUUACAUAUCUCUCCUCCUGUGGCUACGAUUGAAAAUUAUUUUGACAAACUGGAACCGCUGCUGUCAAAGAUUCGGGACGUUUCAAAACAGCUUUACACACCAGGUUCAAACGUUUCUAUAGAUGAAAUGAUGAUACGAUUUUCUGGACGAAGCGUUCAUACCAUUCGAAUAAAGAAUAAACCAACCCACGAAGGUUUUAAGAUCUUAUCUCUUUGCGAAUCUGGAUACACAUAUACUUUCUUGCCUACAUCACGUGUCUCACCAAGCAAUGUAACGAGAGUAAAUAACCUUAAUCAAAUCGGAUGUCUCGUUCAUCACCUUGUUACACAACUUCCGUAUCAACAACUCUCCUACAACGUCUACAUGGAUAACUACUUUCCUAAUGUUCCUCUUUUUCAAUAUCUUCGGCAAAUCGGCAUCGGCGCUUGUGGAACAGUCCGAAAAACAGCUUCCGGUUUUCCGAAAGAGUUAAAGACGGAUAGAAAUGCCAAACUUGAUUGGGAUGUUCGUUCCGGUGUUACAAUAAAUGGAGUGCUUGCUAUUUUUUGGCAAGAUAAUGGACCCGUAACGAUGUUGUCAACGAUUCAUGGUCUCAUCGGUGAAGAAUGGGAGGUAGAACGAGAAAGACGACGUCCGCGUGAAACGAGCACCAAUGCAGCAAAAGUGCGUGCAGUGUUUGGUUCUGAAUCAAAAAAGAAAUUAUUAAUCCCGAAGGUAAUCGACGAUUACAACCACUGCAUGAAUGGUGUAGAUAUCGCUGACCAAUUGCGGUCAUAUUACAAUACGCAACAAACAGUACGAAGAAAUUGGAUGCCUCUUUUUUUCUGGCUUUUGGACACUGCAAUCAUCAACACGUAUCGAAUUGCUCGAACAUUAGAAUCAGCAAAAGAGCAAAAAGAAUUUCGCCAUGAACUUGUUUGGGAUCUCAUCGAUCUUGCAAAUGAUACGAGCGAGAUUCAACUGAGGAGCGGCUCUAAAAGAGAACUAAGAAAAGAAACAAGAAAAUCAACUAAACGACCGAGGGUAACGAAAAAUUUUGAGCUUUCAAAUCAACGAUUUACACCUG